GUUCAGCACUUGCAGGGGAAUUAACACCAUCCAGAAAAGCCUGUUUCUUGAUUUGAAAUUUUUACUUUUAAUCCUUUCAUGGUGAGAUCAACUAUUGGCCUAAUAGAGCAUUUUUCCUGUAUUAUAAAAUUCAUCAAAGCAGACACGGGCAGAGCGACCUCCGUAAAGCAGUCGCACGGGGCUCUGGGUGACUUGGCGUCAUCUCUGCUUGCUUUCCUGCUGCUGCUGGACGGAGGCAUGUUCGCACCGUCCUCGCCGCCCACCGGGCUGUUGGAGAGGGUCUUCCGGUACAUCGAUCUCCAUCAGGACGAGUUUGUGCAGACACUUAAGGAGUGGGUGGCAAUUGAGAGCGACUCAGUUCAGCCGGUGCCCCACUUCCGACGGGAGCUCCUCAGGAUGGUGGCCCUGGCUGCGGACCAGCUGUGGCGCCUGGGAGCCAGCGUGGACUCCGUGGACACGAGCUCUCAGCAGCUGCCUGACGGUCAGACCCUCCCAGUACCUCCCAUCAUCCUGGCUGAACUGGGGAACGAUCCCAAGAAACCCACUGUGUGCUUCUACGGCCACUUGGACGUGCAGCCAGCCAGACGGGAAGACGGGUGGCUCACGGACCCUUACACGCUGACGGAAGUGGACGGAAAACUUUAUGGCCGAGGAACGACAGACAACAAAGGCCCUGUUUUAGCGUGGAUCAAUGCCGUGAGCACAUUCAGAGCCCUGGACGAGGAUCUCCCUGUGAACAUCAAAUUCGUCAUUGAAGGGAUGGAAGAGGCCGGCUCCCUUGCCCUGGAGGAACUUGUCCAGAAAGAAAAGGCUGGGUUCUUUUCCAGCGUAGACUACGUCGUGAUUUCGGAUAACCUGUGGCUCAGCCGGACAAAGCCGGCGCUCACUUAUGGCACCCGAGGGAACAGCUACUUCUCCGUGGAGGUGAAAUGCAGGGAUCAAGAUUUUCACUCGGGAACCUUCGGUGGGAUCCUCAACGAACCCAUGGCAGACCUGGUCGCUCUCCUUGGCAGCCUGGUGGACUCGUCCGGCCGCAUCCUGAUCCCCGGAAUCUAUGACCACGUGGCUCCUCUCACAGAAGAGGAGAAAAGAACGUACGAAGCCAUUGACCUGGACCUGGAGGAGUACCAGAACAGCAGCCGGGUUAAGAAAUUCCUGUUUGACACCAAGGAGGAACUCCUAAUGCACCUGUGGCGGUACCCAUCUCUUUCGAUUCAUGGGGUUGAGGGCGCGUUUGACAAGCCUGGAGCCAAAACAGUCAUACCUGGCCGAGUUAUAGGGAAAUUUUCCAUCCGUCUGGUCCCUCACAUGAAUACGUCUGUGGUGGAAAAACAGGUGAAGCAGCACCUGGACCAUAUAUUCUCCAAAAGAAACAGCUCCAACCAGAUGACUGUUUCUAUGACACUGGGACUCCAACCGUGGGUUGCAGAUGUUGGAGAUAAACAGUAUCUUGCUGCAAAAAGAGCCAUCAAAACAGUGUUUGGGACAGAGCCGGAUGUGAUCCGGGACGGGUCCACCAUACCCAUUGCCAGGACGUUCCAGGACACCAUCCAGAAGAGCGUGCUGCUGCUCCCGCUAGGUGCUGCUGACGACGGCGAGCACGCUCAGAACGAGAAAAUCAACAGGUGGAACUACAUAGAGGGAUCCAAAUUAUUUGCUGCCUUCUUCCUAGAGAUGGCUAAGCUGCACUCGCCGUGGCAGGAACCUUCCAGCCUAGAUCUGACCUACUGACAGGUCCCCUCUCCCACAACCCUGGGGAAGGGGCAGAAUCUAAGUGUCCAGAGAAUCUGGAUCCCACAAUGUUUUCCCUCUGAUUUAAAAUGUCCUGGGACAUUUGGACCAGCAAUAAAAUAUUUCCAAGGUACA